AUGCCACCGCCACUUAAAUUUCAUCAAUAUUUUCAUAGUGUGAAAUUGUUUUCCGUAGACAUUAUAGCUCCAAUGAAGAAGGAAUUCACCGAAAAGCUUGAUAAGCUAAUAAAUCGUAAGCGCAGCAAUAGCAUAUAUCUUAUAAAUAGAGAAAGAUAUCAAGACUUCAUUAGAGAAAUUAAGGAAAUCAAACAAAAAUGGAACAAAGACUUUGACGACUAUAAAAUGUUAAGUAAUUAUGAUGUAUUGGAAGUAAAUGAAAAAGAAAGAUUAAUAAAACCGAAGGAUGAAUCCAAUCCCAACAUAAAGUUCUAUGUAGCUACAGAUGAAUUGUUUGGUGUAUUACAUACUAUACAUUUGUUAUUUAAUCAUCCUGAUAAAGAUAGAAUGGAUGAAGAAUUAAAAACUAAAUAUUGUAACAUUUCUAAAGAAGUUAUCAAAAUAUAUAUCAGCUGUUGUAGUAAAUGCAACGAUAUGGAAACCAUGUAG